UAAAAUUCAGUUCUUCAUUCCACCAGCCACACUUGAGGUGCUCAGUAGCCACAGAUGGCGAGUGGCCGCCGUACUGGGCACAGCGGGUCUCCACUGCAAAUACGUUCAGAUGUCCCACCCAGGCGGACGCCCCGUUGCGCUCCGGGCGCAAGGAACCGCAGACCCUGAAGUUCUGGGCGUUUCCGCCAGGGGGUACGAAGAACAUCCAAACCAGGCGCGUGACGAGCGUCCUUCCCCGGAAGCCAAGUCCCCCUUCUAUCCAGCUGCUCCAGCUUUCUCCGUCCCAGGAGACACAGAACCUUGCUCCUCAGGUGCCGGAGUGUGCGGCGGGGCGGGAUGAGGAGCGGAGCCGCGGGGUCUGCGGCGCGGGUGAAGAGCGGCGAGUAGUCCCGAAAAGGAUCGGUAGACGCCGGGAGCAACGCGCGGGCCGUGGUGCGCGGGGCUGGAUCCCCGGCCGCCGGGUGCCUGCGGGCGCCGACGCCACAGAGCCCCCGGUUUAAACGCGUCUCCCGGCUACGGCCAUCCCUCCGCCUCUCCUCCUGGGUCGCCAGGGCCGGGCCUGAGCGCCCACCGACAGCACCCUGGGCCGAGCGCGCUCUCGGGCCUCCUCUCCAAUGAUUCAGGAGUCACGCCCCGCGCUGCUGCAGCCCCAAGAUGUCGGAGACACGGUGGAGACGCUCAUGUUACAUCCAGUGAUCAAGGCUUUCCUGUGUGGCUCCAUCAGUGGAACCUGCUCUACUCUCCUUUUCCAGCCUCUGGAUCUCCUUAAAACACGCCUGCAGACUCUACAGCCCUCAGAUCAUGGGUCCAGACGUGUUGGGAUGUUGGCUGUACUCUUGAAGGUGGUUCGCACGGAGAGUAUUUUGGGCCUUUGGAAAGGGAUGUCCCCUUCCAUUGUGAGAUGUGUCCCUGGUGUUGGAAUCUACUUUGGCACUCUCUACUCUUUGAAGCAGUAUUUUUUGCGAGGCCAUCCCCCCACUGCCCUGGAGUCGGUCAUAUUGGGGGUGGGCUCUCGCUCUGUUGUAGGGGUAUGCAUGUCACCUGUCACUGUGAUCAAGACACGCUAUGAGAGUGGGAGAUAUGGUUAUGAGAGCAUCUACGCAGCCCUGAGGAGCAUCUACCGCAAUGAGGGGCACCGGGGCCUCUUCAGUGGCCUCACAGCGACUCUCCUUCGUGAUGCACCCUUUUCAGGAAUCUACCUGAUGUUUUACAAUCAGACCAAAAACAUCAUGCCCCACGGAAUCGAGUAUGGGCUGCAUGGCUUCUUCCAAGGUGGUGUCCCCCGGGCUCUCCGCAGAACUCUGAUGGCAGCGAUGGCAUGGACAGUCUACGAAGAAAUGAUGGCCAAGAUGGGCCUGAAGUCCUGACCAAGAGAGGACUGGGAAAGGAUGGAAUCUGUUGCCUUGCUUGGUUUCUUCCGGGGGCUUCUUCAUCUCACUGGCCUAGAAUAAGAUGAAGUUCUCCCUGGAAAGCCAGGCAGAAGCAUUGUUGCUUCAGUUACCCCUUUUAAAGGGAAAGUAGUUGGACCAGGCUCGAGCCUUCAGAAUCUCCCAAAGGAGGAGUCACCAAUAUAUACAUUGAGGAGUUAGGAGAAAGGUUUGCCUAUCCCCAAGGCUGCUUGAAAAGGCAUUUCCAGAGAGAGCUCUGUCAGGUGGCUCUGCUUCAGCCACUUGCCUACACCACAGUGCCUCCUUGGAUACGUUCUUGGGCAAGGAAAGCAAAGCCAGAGAAGCUGUGGCCAUCUGCCGUGCCUGAGGAGCUCCAGCUGGGGAAGGCUGGACCUGAGCAGAGGAGUCACCAUCACCAGGCUGAAGACUGUGUUGGAGGUGAUGUUAAGAUGAGGAAGAACAGAUGUCGUUAUUUAAUUGGUUCUUAAACAACUUCUCAGAGAUUCUGAAGAGUGUGGAUGGUGGCUUCCUAGCCUCUAAAUGUCCAAAUAAAAUUUUGGUUUUGGCUGUGCACUACUUCAGUUCUAAGUUUUACUAGUAUUUUUGUGCUGCUAAAGUUCAGAUAAAUAAGUAAAGUGCUUUAUUGUUAAAAGCUGUUUGGAAAA